AUGAGUAUAAACGUAAAUUUGACUAUUCUAGCACUUUGUUUUUCUUUAUUUGCGCAUGCACUAGGCUUGGUUUAUCAUACGCUCCGUUGUUUGGCCUAUUGGUUGCUUGCGAUGUCAACGAACCGUUCGUUGCAGGUAGUCAAUUUGAGCGAAAGGAUCGCAGACUUAAAUGGAAUUUUCGGUGAAUUAAUACUUGGAAGGCGUUUAUUCAGCUGGGAUGAAUUUGAAAAGUCAUUAGCAGAAUUUCAAAAAGUGAGGAAGUGCAGUGUAGAAGGAGAUCAGAAUUUAAUUUCUAUUUCACAGUUAUAA